CAGCGCUCGUUCACUCUGGUGGAGAAAAGUGACAUAAGAGGGUACGUCAACGUGGCAUCCUAGAGAGACGCUCUAUUUACCAACAACAGACACCACACUGUACCGUCCUCCAGGCACACGACUCUCUGAAACUUCCCUACCUCGACUAAUAAAUGCACAGCAUAGGCGCCAGAGAAAAAAAACAAGUGAAAUACAAGGAUCAUUAUCCAAACAGGGAGAGAACAACAUCUAAUCAUUUUCGGAAUCAAACGUAGGAAGAGCGUACGGAUUGUCGUCGCAGUUGCCUUCUCAAUGCAUACCCUUUGUGCUCGGGGAACGAUGAAACCUGAAAUUACCGCAGCCGUCGGAUUUCUGUCAAGAUUUCUGCGGAUAAAAGGGCACGUAAACGACCGACAGCUUCAGACGUUCAGCGCAAGCUUACAAGAUAUUUUGUCCGAGCAAUACAAGCACCACUGGUUCCCCGAAAAGCCCUGCAGGGGCUCGGGCUACCGCUGCAUCCGGAUCAACCACAAGAUGGACCCCCUGGUGGGGCAGGCCGGCCAGCGCAUCGGCCUGACCAUCAACCAGCUCUACCUGCUGCUGCCCAGCGAGCUCACCCUUUGGGUGGACCCCUUCGAAGUGUCCUACCGUAUCGGCGAGGAUGGCUCGAUCUGCGUGCUCUACGAGUCUCAGCCGUCGGCGCCGUCGGGGGCCAGUGUGGUCGCCCCCGGCCCCAUGGUGGACAGUCACAUCAGCUGCAAGGAGGCGGCAGGGCUGCUGGGCAGGACCAGCCCGUCCAAAUCCUACAACAUGAUGACUGUGUCCGGUUAAAGGGCUCCCCGACAGCCAAUGUCGGCUGAGAGUGGUGCCCCCCCCCCCCCUGGUGGCGGUCGACGGCUUAGCCUUUUGAAGCAAAAUGAAAUAAAAAAAGAGGAAAAAAAAAAGAGAAAGGAAAAAAAGCAGAGGAUGUGGCCUAUCGUCCAGGUGAUGGAAACCUUGUAGGUUUGAUAUUUUUUUCUCCUCCCUCGCUCCAUUGUCUCUUAUGUUAUGUUGUUGGAUCUACUGGAGGCAGGCGUAUUAUUCUUUUUUCGGCGCGAGAGCUGUGCGGAGCGCAGAACUGAUGGGGCAGCUAAAACCAACCAAGAAACCUGGGAUGAGAAACAGCACGGUGAAGGGGUUGCUUUUUGUUUGUUUUUUUUCAUUGUUUUACAUUGAGGUCUAUUAAAUGUUGACUUUGCACUUUCAUCUCUACCUGGUUUCUAUGGGUACCAUGUCACCACCACCACCCACUUAAGUGUCAAGGAACUAUGUUCAGGAGCCAUUCAAUUUCAGCCUCUUAUCCACCUUCUGUCAUAGUUGGGUGUACUUUCCAUCUGAGGAGGAAGUGGAGGGGCUGAGGUCCAGACUGUUCCCGUUCAGAGGUCAGUCUCUGGGAAAACGCCCAACGUUUCUUUCUUCGAAAAUGCAAUUUUUGGACCACAGGGUGAUUUUUCUUCUGUCAUUUUUACCCCCAGAGGCUGCCCAAAUACAGGCCCUCUCUGAACCUCAGCCACACAUUCACCAGCAGCGAGCUUCAGGAAUCCCCCAACCCCCCUGUCCCCCGCCCCCAUGCCCCCUAACCCCUCCGCCCCCUGCAGUGGAAUGCGCUGUGAGACCUGUUGUUUCCGGACAGUACUGUAUCACAGCACACAACCACAAACACCUCCAACCAUCUGCGUGCUAGCUUUCUGGUUAAAGCCGGGGAUUUGUCCCCUCCCCCCCGGGUCGUGUAUAGAUCCCUCCCCCCUCCCCCGUUCCGACCUUGGGACCCUGCCCCACCAAAUUCGACUUGUAGAAUAGAUGGCCCUAUAUUCCCACCUAGAUUUGGAUCCGUUUGUUCUGGUUGGUCCGGCCCUGUCAGUAGAAAUGACAUUGAAUGCACUUUGACAUGUAGAUUGUGUGGGAGGUGCACUUUUAGAGGAAGACCUCCAUCGUUCCGUUCGCUCGAAUGUCAUCUUUCGUGAGUCUCCCUCGUUUGCGGGUUUUAUUGGACUGGCGCCUGUGGACCGAGGGGGGAACUCGUGAGUGAAAAAUUACGUUGGUGUGGUGAUCUGGCUGUAAGCGUUUCAUUCAGAACCUUUCAGGUGUUGGCAGUUCAGAGUGGCUUGGUGUCAUGUCAGAUUAGCCGCCUGAAGUCCGUUCACGAGGCUCUGUUCUCGAAAGUCACCGCAGCAGGGUUUUGGUUUGAGCUGCCCCCAGGCGAGUGCUGUGUGAUUGUAGCCAAAAGGGAAGUCUGUAAGGCCCCUUACUGUUUAACUAGAAUUCUGUCCAACUCAAACCCAAUGGCCGUGUCAGGGACUUCUCGCCUGUUUAGGUUAGGCAUUGUCCUUGUGGUUGUGCGGGAGGUAGGGUGGAAGACUUUGUAAAUCUGCGAUUGUGGAUGAGGGAAGGGUGUACUGCCCGACAUGGGACCCCAGCGUUACUCCUCGAGCCACUCUCUUGGGGACCGAUGAGAGAACCAGAGCAACUUCACCCAGCCUAUAGUUGCCACUGUCUGGGCAGGCAGACGUGAGUAGCUCCCCUGGAGCCACUGUUGUGCCACAUAUCACCCCCAGCCUAGACAGAGACAGCCAGCUUAACCCCCCCAUAGCAGAACGGAGAUAGCAGUGACACAUAUCAUCGUUUCUCACCCCAGUGGAGGGAGAGGGAAGGAAGGCGUUGUGGGGGCCAGGGCCGGACACUCGUGUCCAGGGCAGCUACAAUCCCUCUGGCCCCCCUCCAAACUAACCUUUACCCAACCAACCCCUCCCCACCUAGCGGUGGAGAGCAAAACCAGCACACUUUCUCAGCGCACUCCGUCUGUACUGGGGAGGCCGUCGAGGGACAGGUCAAAGGUUAAGAAGUGAUUGCACACAGCCGUGUUUUGGUUAGUCUCUUAGAUGUUUUUGGGUCACGCUGCCGGUGACACCAGAGGCCAAAAAAUAGAACUAGUUUUACAUGUGCGCAAUAGGGCGAGGGUGCUGUCAGUCAUUCUAUAGGUCACUCCUGGUUGGCUGGGCUUCUGAAAACAUGACAGGCUGUAGGGUUUCAAGGCCUUUAGCCACUAAGCUGGCCGGGCGGGGAAGCAGCCAAUCAAUCCUACAUCUGGGGCUUAAAGCUCCCAAGGUCCAGAGGAUCAUGGGUAAUGGAGCAAUAUGUGUUGACUCACUGCCCCCUCAUCUUCUCUGUGCUCUCCAUCUUACACGGCGAUCGUUCCGCAAUCUGUGGGAAAAAGUUGUUUCCCACUUGCCAGAUGGACAGGUCUGAGACAGUAGCCCAGAGCUUUGUUGUUGUCGUUGAAUACCAGCUUUUGGAAAAACAUUGCAGCUCCACUAUUGCUUUGGUUAUGCCAGCUAUCCAUGUUGUUUUGAGAUUGGUCUGUGUUUUGGACGUAUCAAGUUUUCACCCCUUUUGCUAAAUGUAUUUUAAAUACGCAUUGCCGAAAUCUGGAGAACCAAAUUUUAACAGACCUCAUUUUUAGAUCUACAGAAAAAAGGAAACAAUGCUUAAAUCCUUUGAAAUCAUUCUCAAACACCACCACAUCAAAAUGUUGUUUUAGUCCACAAUACUGAAUCUGUAAAAGCAUACGUUUGGCAUUUGCGCACAUAGGUUUCAGAAAUGUUGGAAAAGGUGUUUUUGAAUAGUCAGAGGUAAUAGCACAUAAAAUGCACUAAAUAUGUCAAGUUGAAGAUGUGACAUUUUUGAGACACGAGGAGUCUCUCCUGGAAUGUAUUGCCAAACUCAGGCCUCGGACAUUCAAUAAAGACCCUUAUGAAAAAGUUGUGCAUGUUAAGAUGUGAAACAGGAAGGGAAUAGUUGUUUUGUGUUUAUGUCAAUCUAUCAUCAAUGAUUUUGGAAUUAUUGCCACUUUCACAUUUGGAGUGUUAAACAUUGUAGAAUGUACUGUAAUUGUACGACAUUUGGUAGAAUACCUGCAUAACAUUACACAAUGGGAAGUGCCAAUAAUUUAUAUUUUGAGGUGUUUUAGAAGUAUUCCUUUUGUAUUUCAUAGUUUUAACACAAAUAACUAUUUUACUAAGUGAAGCCAUUUGUUAUGGGAGUGUUGGAAAGGACCAAAGUUGUUUUGGUAGAAAAAAAAUAUCAGUUUCCAUGCUUUGUGUAAUGAUAGACUUAUCCUUUGUUUUUUUUUUAUUUACUUACAAAAUAAGAAAAACUGGAAAAAAAAAAAAUCUGAGCUUACCCAAGAAGAAAAAGGUGUCUACUCUAUCUUGUGAUUUCUCAUGUCAGUACAUCUUUCUUGUGUUCUUUUUCUUUUCCUUGGGUAUGUUGUGAUGAACUGCUGUAAAUUUGUACAGUUCAUGUAAAUUGAUUGUGCGGAAGUUGUACAGAUUUCUAUAUUUUGGAAAAAGUUUUUUUUUUCUCUGUAAUAAAAGAUUUCCUAUCUUGGCAACAUA